CAGCAAUUGGAGAAGUGCUAAAUUCAGAAGCUUUUGAAUCUCUUGAUUAAAAUUUCGAUGCAUCCCAGUUGCGCCAUCCACCAACUGCCAACCCUAAGCUGAAUACCAUCACAAACAACAAUUGCAUAGAAAAUCAGCAAAAAGACAAAAACACCAAACAUGAAGAUCAAGGCCAUCAGCCGAUCCGUAUCGGCCCACCAGCCUCCCGGCACCGACACCGUCAAGCAGCCGCGAAACCUCGACUCAGCUGUCCACCCCUUUGAGCGAGCGCGCGAGUACAAACGAGCUCUAAAUGCCGUCAAGCUGGAGCGCAUGCACGCCGCGCCCUUCAUCGGCCAGAUGGGCCGGGGUCACGUCGACGGCGUCUACUCGCUGGCAAAGGACCCCAACUCGCUCGAGCGCUUCGCCAGCGGCAGCGGCGACGGCGUCGUCAAGGUCUGGGAUCUCGCCUCGAGGGAGGAAGUUUGGCAUACCACGGCGCACGAGAACAUCGUCAAGGGACUUGAGUGGACUAGGGACCAGAAGCUGCUGACGUGCGCCGCCGACCGCACCGUCAAACUCUACGAUCCGUACAACCUGCCCAGCGACUCGGCUCCGAUCUCGUCCUGGCUGGGCGCCGGCGCCUUCACAAGUCUCUCUCACCACCGCUCGCGCAAUGCCUUUGCCGUGGCGUCGAGCGUCAUCUCCGUCUAUGAUCUCGAGCGGCACACAGCCGCCCCCGAGGUGCUCCACUGGCCGACGUCCACCGACACAAUCACAAACGUCGCCUUCAACCACGUCGAGACGUCCGUCCUCGCCUCGUGCUCCAACGACCGCUCCAUCGUCAUCUACGACCUGCGCACCUCCGCCGCCGUCGCAAAGUCCGUCCUCACAUUCGCCUGCAACCGCAUCUCCUGGUCCCCCAUGGAGGCCUUCAACUUCGCCGCCGCCUCCGAGGACCACAACAUCUACCUCUUCGACAUGCGCAAGAUGGACCGCGCCCGCAACGUCCUCAAGGGCCACGUCGCCGCCGUCAUGGACGUCGAGUUCUCCCCCACCGGCGAGGAGCUCGUCUCCGCCUCCUGGGACCGCACCGUCCGCCUCUGGAACCGCGACCGCGGGCACUCCCGCGACAUGUACCACACAAAGCGCAUGCAGCGCGUCCUCUCCGCCAAAUGGACCCCCGACGCAAAGUACCUCCUCUCCGGCUCCGACGACGGCAACAUCCGCCUCUGGCGCGCAAACGCCUCCCAGAGGCAGGGCGUAAAGUCCACCCGCCACCGCCAGGCCCUCGAGUACAACGACGCCCUCGUCCGCCGCUACGGCCACAUGCCCGAGAUUGCCCGCAUCAAGCGUCACCGACACACGCCCAAGGUCGUCAAGAAGGCCGGCGAGAUCAAGAACGAGGAGCUCAAGUCCAUCAAGCGCCGCGAGGAGAACGAGCGGAAGCACUCGAGCAAGCAGUUCCAGGCCCGGAAGAGCGAGAGAGAAAAGAUGGUCUUGGCUCGAGAAAAGUAAUCACUUUGCGGGUUUCUACUAUUGCUUGCUUGGUUUGGUCCUUGUUUAAUGGAGGUCUAUAAAAUUGGCAAAAGGGGGUUUUAAACUUGGGAUUUUGUCAAAGGUUGUUUGCAUGGCACGGCGUUUAAGGAAUGAGAAUUCUUCUGGGAGACACCAAAUAAUUACUGUCUCAAUCUGUAAAGCUAGAUCUGCUGGUAGCAUAGUAGGGAGAUCUUUUAUUUGUACAUUUGUUUGUUCUCACCAUACUACUAUAGUAAAAAGAAACGCUACCAGUCUUCUCUUCAAAU